UUAUCUCUUUCUAUCUCUCUCCUUCUCUGGCUCUAAGUGAGCUAGCUCACACGAAUUAUUCUGGGUAUCUUCAUUAUCAAUUCUGAUUAUCGAGGAAGCUCUCUCUAUGUUCUGAAUAGGGAGAAAAUUUCUUGAUUGACCCAACAAUGGCUACCACUUUGCUAAUCCCAUCCUCCUGCUCUGCUUCUUUUCUGAGCAAAGGGACGACCAGAUUUCGCAAUUAUGCUCUGUCACGUAAAUGCCAUGUAAAGAGCUUCAGAGUGAGAGCCGUUAAAGAGAAAACAGAUGAACUUAAAAACCCAUCUCAGCCAUCCUCUUCAGCUGAGGAGAUUACCAAGAAGUAUGGCCUCGAAGCUGGCCUAUGGAAGAUUUUCAGCUCAAAAGACGAAGGAAAUGGUGAUCCCGAAAGGAAGAAAUCAAAGGGCGACGAAGCCAAGGAGUUGUUAGCAAAAUAUGGAGGAGCUUAUCUGGCCACCUCUAUCACUCUGUCUCUGAUCUCAUUCGCUCUGUGCUAUGCACUAAUCAGUGCGGGCAUUGAUGUCCAAGCGCUGUUACAUAAGGUGGGAAUCUCAAUUGAUGAGACAGGGGAGCGAGUUGGAACCUUUGCUUUGGCAUAUGCUGCGCACAAGGCUGCAUCUCCUAUUAGGUUUCCUCCAACAGUGGCUCUUACACCUAUUGUUGCUGGUUGGAUUGGAAAGAAAGUAGACAAGGAUAAGUAGUUCGUAUAGGAGCUCUGAGAUCCAACCUUGUUUUGUUUCUAUCAUAUGCUUCUUUUAUUUAUGUUCUCAUGUGAACGUUCGUCUUUACACGCUUAAACAAAGUAAUGAAAAUAAUUUUAAAUAGUUGUACUCUAAAUCAACCAGCUGCAGGCUCCAUCGUUGUGGCAUUUAUAUGUAAAUGCAGAAAGCAGAAGUAAUGAUACAGGAAAUAUUGAACUUUUGAUU